AUGUCCUUUUGCGGUUUUAAACUCAGUGCAAUCAAGCAAAACUUAACAGCAUUAUCUGGUGGAGAUUUUUGUAGAGCAUUGGCAGUUGCAGGACUCGUGUUAUAUGCAGUCUGCGUUUUGGUAUCAAAUCCAUCCGGACAAUCUACCGCGUUUUUGAAUUCGUUAAUCUUCAGACGACAUGGAAGGUACUUGUACACUAACACUGACAUUACCGACCUUGUUUUCGGGAUUGCAACUUCUACCAGUACAUGGAAAACCAGGAGAAAUUACAUUGAGGGAUGGUGGCGACCAAAUAUAACCAGGGGAUACGUGUUUUUCGAUGUACCACCGAAAGAGUACCUUCCGUGGUCUCCGUUCUCACCUCCUUACCGUGUAUCUGAAAACACCUCAAGAUUCCAGGAGUUUAACAAACAUGCAAUGCCGUUUGCGAUUCGAAUGGUGCGUGUUAUAAAGGAGACCUUUCUGGAAGCUCCGAAAGGUGUGAAAUGGUAUGUAAUGGCCGAUGAUGACACGGUUCUUUUUCUGGAUAAUCUUGUUGAGAUUCUUUCCAAGUACGAUCAUAACGAGUACUACUACAUUGGAUGUAACUCUGAGGCUGUUGGUUCAAAUGCUGAUCAUUCAUUUCAAAUGGCAUUUGGAGGAGCUGGUUAUGCUUUGAGCUACCCACUUGCCAAGGCAUUGGCAAGAAACUUAGACGAAUGCAUCAAGAGGUAUCCGAACUUAUAUGGGAGUGAUCAUAUAUUACAAGCUUGUAUAUCUGAUUUAGGAGUUUCGCUUACGCUUGAACCGGGAUUUCAUCAGAUUGAUCUGCACGGUGACAUAUCGGGAUUCUUAUCAGCUCAUCCAAAAUCUCCAAUAAUAUCCCUUCACCAUCUUGACUACACAAAUCCUCUAUACCCUGCAAUGAACGUUUUUCAAUCUCUAAAACUCUUUAUGAAUGUCUCAAGAGUAGAUUCUUCUCGUCUAUUACAACAAUCUAUCUGUUACCAGAAAAAAAACAACUGGACAUUUUCAAUCUCAUGGGGAUACUCGGCUCUAAUUUAUGAAGACAUUUUUCCACCGAGCCAUCUAGAGAGACCUCUUCAGACAUUCGUCCCCUGGAGAAAUAAUUACCGAGCACCUGCCUACAUGUUUAACACUCGGUAUCCUACUAACAAUCCAUGUGAAGCUCCUCAUUUCUUCUUCCUUGAUUCCGUGGAGCAGAAAACUGGUGGGUAUGAGAUUGUCACCAACUACGUUAGAAAAUGGGAUCGCAGAUUACCAGCUUGUUCCGCAACUGGUAACCAUUCUGCUGAUUCGCUUUCUCGAAUUCGUGUCAUCUCACCGGCAAAGAGAUAUGACGGAGGAGAAGGAAAAAGAAGAGAAUGCUGCGACAUAGCACGUAUAUAUGGAGGCUCAAACAUAACUGAAAUUAAACUAAGGAGUUGCAUGGAAGAUGAGAUUAUUGCAUAG